UUACUUAUUUUCUUUUUCCCCCUCUGUGACCUGCCGACUCAGCAUUUUAUCUUUUCCUCCAUCAGCAAACCGACUGGACAGAUCAUGGAUGCCUAGUUGAACUUCAACAAAAUUAUCUCCGUCUUCCUACUACUCUUCCUCCUCCCUUCCCCAGCGCGCCGGGACAAAUUGCUCCAACCUCAGUGGGCGACUGCGAUAAUACUCCCAAAGACUUUCCGGGGCAGGAGCUGAUUCCACCCCUCACCACCCUCGUAUUCCGCGCUUUCCUCCGCUUCUUCACUUUCUUUGACCUUCUCCUGGCUCGCCGCCGGUCCCCCUUUCGUUCAAUCCUUUCACAACCCGCCACCCUCCCACCAUGACUCUGUUCUGGAUUCUGAACUCCUUUAUGCGCUGGGUGCGCUUGAAGAUAUAUCAAUAUGAGGUGACCUUCGCCGUGUACAUGCUUACGCCUACCGAAAAGUUCAUUUUUAAUUCCCUUCUCCUCACUCUCCUCUCAAUGAUUGUAACCGGCAUCUAUGUCUACCUUCCCGACCACAUCCGAUCCAUUUAUAGCCACCUUUACUACUACUGGGCCGGCGAGCGUCCGUUUAUCUCUGCGAGCCUUCCAUCGAUCAGCUCCGUAUUCCGGGAGACCGGUACCCAGACUUUGGAAGUAAUGUACGAGACGGCCAAGAACGCUGCUGCGACGGCCACUGCUCCAAUUGCCGAACUGUGAUAUCUCCCCGCCACAGUAGCCAUACGGGUUGGAUUCUCGGUGUUGGUGACGAUUGUGGGCUGCUGGAUUGGGUCAUCUGGCUUCUCUGUUUCUCCUUAUGAUACCAUCGGGACUUUUCUUGCAUUUCGCUAUUCAUAUCAGCAUACUGGCUGCCACUAAUUAUCCUCUAUUACCGCAUGCCUCUCUUGUCCUCGAGCAUGGAUUGCAUCAGCAUUUCACGAUUCACCGCACUGCUCCUCCA